GUAUAGCAGAGCUGCUGUGGAUACUUGUAAUUUUCGAGCAAAUAACUGCCUCUUGUGAAAUACGAACAUAGAGUUACUUAUUAUUUACAUUUAUAUUUUUUUACACCUAUCAUACUUGUUGCAAUACAAUAUAGUCAAAUACCUAUAGUGUAACGUCAAACUACUAAACAAAAGUAUUACAAUGAAAAUGGAUGUCUGGAACUUGAUUUGUCGUACCAUGCUAUUACAGUUUCUGCUGAUCAAUCAUAUUAUAUCCAGUGAAAAUCAAGACAAUGCAUUUUUCAACCUCACUCUUACCGCCACCAAUAGUCCGGGGUUACAGUACGAGAUAUUAGGGGAAGGUAAAUUAUGUAAAAGUAGUUGGACCAUUAAUACAUUUAUAGAUUUAAAAUAUUUAAUAAAUAGCCUUAGUGAUAUAAGGAGUAUGUUAAAAACAAUUGACACAUAUGCAAUUAAUAACACUUACCAAAUAACUAUAAAUAACUUAGAGAAGCAUUUAAAAAAAAUAAAUUUAGAUAUACAGGUAAUUAGGCAAAUGGCUAUUAGAAAAAAGGUUAAGCGAUCAUUUGAGUCUGGAGGUUCGGCACUACAGUGGAUGAUUGGUAUUGCCGAUGCUGACGAUGUACGGAGGUAUGAUAGUUCGAUUAACAAAUUAGAGAAUGAUCAAAAAGAUAUGAUACACAUAGUUCAAGACCAAGUCUCUAUUUUAAGGAGCACAAUAACAAAUUUCAAUGAGACCAUAACAACAUUUAAUGACAAUAAAUUGUUAUUUGACAAAAAUAUUAAAAAAAUUGAAACCACUAUUAACAACAUAAAUAUUGAAUUAAUAGACGAAAAAAAACAAAUUAUUGUUCUAAGAUUAAUAUCCCUAAUUGAAAAUAAUAUAUUUGAAUUAGAUAUAUUUGUAUCGAGGUUACAAAAAAUGAUAUCAAACGUUCAAACAAAUAAAUUAGAUGUUUUUAUAAUUACACCAGAUCAGUUGUUGUCAGAAAUAAAACAAAUAGAAAAUAUUCUACCUAAAAAUUUACAAAUCCCUAUCAAAUUUAAUGAAAAUAAUAUACAAGAAAUAUACAAAAUAUUACAUAUAGACCUUCACCCAAUGAACGAUAGAAUAAUAUUUUCAAUAAAAAUUCCACUAUGUAUCGGCGAAAUUUUCAAAUUGUAUUACAUUAUACCAAUAUACGUUCCAAUUAAUGAACACGGGCAAUUUAUACAUAUCGCUGAAAAUCCAACUUACUUAUUAACAGAUGAUGUAGUGACAAAAUAUUUUAUUUGGUCAAAUAUCAAUAACUGUUUAAUAGUUUCCGACAUUUUUGUUUGUGGUUUCAAUGAAAUGUUACACAAUAGUGAUACUGAUCCCACUUGUGUAACAGAAAUAUUAAAAAAUUCUUUAACUAAACCUACGCAAUGUGAUACUUAUAUCACGGAAUUUAAAAAAGAAUUAUGGUACCCAUCGUUUUUCAAAAAUAAUUGGUACUUUGUAUGUGAAAAGCCUACAACAAUUACAAUAAUUUGUAAUAAUCGAUCUUUUAUUCGUAAAAUUACAUUGAAAAGUUCUGGCAAAUUAUUUCUGAAAGCUGGGUGUCAAGCUCAUACUUCUAAAGGCGUAUUAAUAACAGAGCAAACAGUAGAAUCGUCUUUUGCAACACUACCUUUAGAGUUAAGUAUUUUAAAUGAUUCAUGUUGCAAUAUUACACUUAAUCAACGUUAUCCAAAACCAAUUCAUUUAGAUGAAAUAAAAAAUUUAAAAUUCGACAAAGAAGCUUUUUUAAAAAUCAUUUCAAAGUUAAAUACACAAGAUGAAUUACUAAAUUCAAUAUUAUUAAAUAAGACGUAUGAAUUUGUAUAUACAAACAAAUAUUUAAUCAUUAUAAUAGCUGUUAUAAUAUUAUACCUUUAG